AUGGUGAGGCCCUUUCACUUGGUGAAACCUGUAUCAGUGACCCUGGUUCCUGGCAGAAACCUGUCCCAGCAGAAGGAACUGCCCAGUCAGCCUGUCCCCGCUCUGCAGCAGACCUGUGAGCUCUACCUCAGCUAUAUGGAGCCCAUUCUGGAGGAGGAUGAGUUGAAGCGAACCAAAAAACUGGUGGAGGAGUUUCGGAAAGCAGGAGGAGUCGGAGAAAGACUCCAGAGAGGCCUGGAAAUGAAAGCACACAACACUGAGAACUGGUUUACAGAGGAUUUUGUCAGGACUGGAUUUCUUGCUGCACGAAAACCUCUCGCAGGUGUAUCAAAUUCUGCAGGGUUAUUUCCCCAAAUAGACUACAGGGAUAAAAAGGAAAAAAUAAGGUAUGCUGCCAAACACAUAGCAUCUGCAAUGGAAUUAAAGACAAUGAUUGACAAUGACACACUACCAGCUGAGUACAUAAAAGGGACGCCACUGUGUAUGAAGCAGUUUGAGUAUCUGUUUUCAUUCUGCCGUAUCCCUGGUGCGACAGUGGACACCAUGGAGUUCUACGCCCAGAAACACAUCACUGUAGUACACAACGGUCAGUUCUUUGUGAUGGAAGCAUACAACAGUGAUGGGAGUCCACUGACAGUUGAUCAGCUCUGCGUUCAGCUGGAGAGGAUCUGCAACUCCUCACUAGAGACCAACAUGGAGCCUGUUGGAAUCCUCACCACCCAGCGUCGUGACAGCUGGAGCAAAACCUACAACAACCUCAUCAAGGAUGAGACCAACAAAGAGUCAGUGUUGGCUAUCCAAAGCAGCAUCUUUACAGUGUGUCUGGAUGGAGCGAUGCCCUCUGAGUCUAAUGAGAAGUAUCGCAUCAGUGCUCAUCGUCAGAUCCUACAUGGAGGAGGCAGCCAGUGGUACAGUGGAAACCGCUGGUUUGACAAGGGGCUUCAGAUAAUUAUUGGAGAAGAUGGGACAUGUGGUGCAAACUUCUCAUGUACAGUUGCUGAUGGUGUAGUCCACUCAUCCAUUUGUGCGAAGUUAAUAACAGACAUAAAAAAGCCAGACGUGCAGAUGCAGUGUCCCAUGAAGCCUUUACCCGCUCCCCAGAAAUUACACUUCAACCUCACACCUGAGAUCAAGAAGGACAUUGAGGAGGCCAAGCAGCACAUGGACACACUGGCUGACGACCUGGAUCUGAGCUGUACGGGAUUUGACCACUUUGGGAAAAACUUCAUAAAGGCUCACAAGAUGCGCCCUAAUGCUUUCGUACAAUUGGCGCUAAAGCUAGCCUACUACAGGAUGUACCAGCAGAUCUGUCCAUCACUGGAAUAUGUCUCCCUGCGUGCGUUCAAACUAGGACGUAUCAGUAUGAUGAAUACAAACUCGCCUGCCUCAGCUGCCUUUGUUAAGGCCUUUGAUGACUCCAAAAUACAGAACCCAGAGAAAGUUAAUUUAUUGGAAAAAGCUUUAGAGUCUCAUGCAUGGUACACUGACAUGGCAUUUAGAGGCCAGGACGUGUCUUGCCACCUCUAUGGUCUGAGGUUGCAGGCUGAGGAAGAAAACAUCCCCAUGCCCAAAAUCUUCACAGACCCCUCCCUUCUUAAAGUCUUUGACUGCAAACUUGGUACAAGUUAUGUACUACGAUUCAAUGGAGUUUCACCAUGUUAUGGCCCUGAUGAACCUGAAAAAUAUGAAGUGCUCUAUAGUAUUAUGGACAAUCGCAUUGAGUUCACUGUGUCUGCUUAUAAAUCCUACUACACUGACAAAGAAAAAAAUGCAGCAUAUUUGGCCCGAGUUGUGGAAGAUGUGCUGUUGGACAUGAGGACCCUGCUGGAACAAACUACAACAAGCUAA